CCGUCGACCACGGCGGGGAGGACGUCGGUGCUCUUUGGCCUACACCACAACGUCGCCGUUGCAACUCUUUAUCACCCGUGCGCGGGAUCCCUUGCGUUCUUCUCCGUCUCGAGAAAGUUUCGAAGUUGGACUACCGCAGCACCCCACCACGACGAACCUCUCCGGCUGUAUUGGCAGCCACUGUCAACCCGACUGGGUGGGACCUGCACCUCCCAUGCUCCCCAGUGCUGUCCUUGGACAUCGGAUCCUCCAUGGCCGCUUUCAACAUGAACCCCGAAUCGACGACUACCACUGCGGUUCCCUCUCCAAUCAUCCCUGCCGUCGCCCUUCCCAAGCUUAGCCCAACUCACACUCUCGCUCCGCAGCUGGCGACUACGGAACCGUCGAUCCCUACACCGCCUCUGUCCCCAAGGCGAGACGACGAAUUCUAUUGCCAGGACGUCGUCUUCCUCGUAAGCUCUCGGCAGUGCUGUACCCAUUCUCCGAUCGCAAACGAGCGUUCUUUCCCAACGCAGGUCGGAGGCGUCCUCUUCAAGGUUCCCCGCCGCCCGUUUGAGCACGACUCUAAGGCGUUCUCGGACACUUUUGGAUUACCUCCUCUGAACAGCGCGUACGGCGUCGAAGGCUCGAACGACGACAAUCCCAUCAAGCUCGAAGGGGUGACGGAGGAGGAGUUCAGGCCUCUCCUUUGGGUCAUGUUCAGGGCUGGCUACGGCUCCGCGCGCAUCCUGACACAACCCCAAUGGACGUCCGUCCUCCGCCUUGCCACAAUGUGGAUCUUUGACGACAUCCGCGAACGCGCCAUCACUGAACUCUCCCGGCUCGUCACCUCCCCCGCCGCGCGCAUCGUCCUCGCGCGCAGGUACAACAUCCCCGGCUGGCUCGAGCCCGCGCUCACGACACUCGCGCAGCAGGAGCAGCCGCUGUCCGCGCAGGACCUGGAGGCGCUAGGGUGGGAGACUGCUGCAAAGCUCUUCCAGAUCAGGGAGAGCGUCACGUUUACGGGGACGUGCGUUUGUGGGUGCAACUACUGCACGGUCGCGCAUGGGCAUAUCGCGAACGCAACCGCGGGGCAUGCUCAUGGGCAUGGACAGCAGCUUCCGGCAGGUGCUAGGGCGGGAGCCGUGACGCUUGCUGCGCUGAGGAAGCAGGCGGACUUUUCGCAGAAAAUCCGCGUGGUGUUUGGGGCGGAUUUGUAUUAAGCGAUCGUUGUAUGUGCUGUUGCUUGGUAUGUUCCUGUUUGAUAUGUAUGUGAUGUACUUUGUAUGAGUAGUCGCGCUGCGCUCUCUCUCCGGUACCUGUUGUGUCUUUGCUGUAUUUGAUGCUCAUUGUAUUUGCAUUUUGUUACAUUCGCCG